AUGGCAUCCUUAAGCGGCACUGACCAACUCCACCUGCUCAUUUGCCAAUGCCCAGCACUCCAGACCCUGCUUUGGAGACCCACAUAUGGAAGGGGCUUUCCCCACGCUGAAUUCUGUGCCUUGUAUAUCGAAUCCAAAUGGCCAGAUCUUGAUUCGAUAACAUUCAAAGCCGCUGGAAUCAAUAUACCAGAGGAGAGCCAUUUCAGACUGCUACAGGUUGCCAAGCAACCCUUUCGUGUUCUGGACUAUCACCUGUCAGGACUUGGGCCCAGGACACUGGAGCUGCUUAUGGACCAACACUUUGCGACCAUGCAGUCGAUCGACUUGUGCUACCUAGGCAAUGCUGGCAAAUGGGCGAUCAAGGUUCUCACGUCAUUCCCAAGGCUGGAGCGGUUCAGCGCUGAAACUAUCUUUGCUUCGCACAUCCUUGAGGGUGAGCCGUGGGUCUGCCAUGGGCUGAAGGAGCUGACGGUUUUCAUUGAUAUGGAUGUUGUUGAACGUGGCCAGUUUAGAAACCAACUUUCAGCAAAGGAAAUCCAACAAUGUCGCGGCAUUUACAGGCAGCUGGCUGCGCUCAGGGAGCUGCGUGUCCUGGAUAUGCUCUCUAAAUUCGACACUAUAUGGGGUUCAAUGGGCAGUGCUUUGAAAGUUCCACUCCCAUUCUGUCUGGAUGCAGGUCUGGAACUGAUGGCUGGCUCGGUCAAGCUGAAGAAAUUCAAGCUCUGGCCCGGGAGAGAGGAGGUGAACGAGAGAGAGUUGGCCUGGAUUCUGGAACAUUGGAAGCAGCUCAGACGCCUUGAUGGGGGAUGGUGCUGCACAGCGGAAGGCGGCUUCUUUCUCUCUUUGGCAGGCGAGCAAAAAAAGUUGCUGAACAAACACGGGAUCAACAUCACGGAAGACACUUCUGAUGACAGGGCCGUAGAGGCUCGCCUUCGGUGGAACGAGUGA